AUGAAAUCAGUUGCUACUGAAAGAGUUGAUAAAUUAGAAAAACAAUCCUUCAAUAAUCUCACACGACAUGAUUUAAAACGUGAUGCAGCUGUUUUAAAAGAUAUGAUUAAUCGUAUAACACCUCAACCAUCAACAGCACCACCAACAACAUUUGAUGAAAAUAAAAAUCAACUUCGCAAAUCUCCAUUCACUCCUUGGACACUUUUUCGAAAAAAUGUUUCACCAAUACCUUCUCUUCCUCAUCAAUCCUCUUCUUAA